AUGUCAAUUUAAAGCAAGCUUAAAAUGCAUCUAGGCCAAGACUGCCUAGGAUCAAAACACUGUUUAAAGAAUAAUGCGACACUUUUAACAUGUUGCCGACUUUUUGGUUUUAUGGUUUGACUUUCCAUCAAAACGGUAAUGGUCAAUCAAUAGCAAGUGCCGAGCUUCACGAGAAAACUGUUUAGAAUGUGCAACCACAAUAUAUAAUUGCACAAUUGUCAGUGUCAGUCUUUUGCCACCUCUCCAUUCGCAAUACGCCGUGAGUUUCCAAUGCGGAAUGUAAUUGGAUUAGGCAGCAACCAAGUCCGAGACCCAGUAUCAGUAUCAGUCCCAAUUGCAACGGAACUGUUUGUGACUGCCACAGAUUGGCACGAAUCCGUUACCAAAACUGGAGGGUUGCAUAAUUUAGGGAAAACAUGAGCAGGACAAAUCAGCCGAAAAUCGUUUUCAAACGGAAGACGAGCAUUGGAAGCAAAAGCAGUCAGCUUAUUGAUUAUGAACGCAUUCAGGGAGAUUUUGUCGUUCCCCCAGCACCACCUCCACCAGUCGUACCACCUAAUGAUGGACAGGGAAAACUCAAGUUGAAGCUGAGUUCGUCAAAGAUUUUCCUUCAAAAGAACUCGCAGACUCCGCAGAAAAAUCUUCAGGCUGCACCAUUAUCGGAUACAGUUCGUCGGAAAUCAGCCCCACAGCUGUUUACCUUUACCAUUGCUCCCAGAGGAGAUGCGAAUUCCGAAAAACAGCCCACACCGGUGCCUAAACUCCCGAUACUUGCACCGAAAAGCUCUAUUCGGCGCUCAAAGACCUUGGGACUAUCAAAUGACGCCCAUGUUGGGAUUUGUGGAUUACCAACGGCUGAGGACAUCGGACAGCAGGAUAGGGAUAGUGGCAGUGAGCCCACCAGCAGCUUGGCUGGAGGAGGUAGCUCUACUUCUCCGGAGUCCUUACUGGACAAUAUCCUCAGUGGUGCCUCCUCCGUUUCCGUCCAAAGUAGUAGCAGUAGUCAGGCAAGUAAUGCCACAGUGGCACAACCCAUCAAAGCCAAGGAACAACUUCAUCCGAAAAGGUUGCUCAGCCUGAAGGCCUCCCCGGAGUUGAGGAUCUCGCCUCCAACGCCAGACACCGUCCAACCAAAGCUGCAGAAUCUACCUCAACUUCUUCUGGCAGCCUCUCCAAGGCCAGAGAUCUUUGAUGCACCAUCGCCCCUCAUCAGGAGUCCCUCACGAUCUCCUGCCAUCUCGCCAGCAGUUUCCCCAUCGCCCAGCAUUACCUUAAGACCCAGUACUCCACCCGGGAACACCAUAACCUUUACGGAUGAUCUCAAGUGCGCCAUCUGCCUGGAUGUUUACACGGAUCCUAGAACCUUGUACUGUCUACACUCUUUCUGCCUGCAAUGCCUGGUCAGCGAAAAUUUUAAGGAUGACUCCUUGUGGGAUCAGGAUCAUGGCCGAAGCGAAGAUCCCUCGAGCUAUAGUCUAAGAUCAGAGAUGGGUGGUUCUAGUACUGAACUCACCGCUACGGUUUCACCCGCCAGGCAGCGGGGAGCAAGUCUUAGUCUGAGAAGAAAGAAAUCCAUGGAUCGCCUAGUGAUUAGGUCCAAGAGUGAAGGCAAGCGAUCGACCAGUUCCUUUGGAACCCGGUUCACCGGAAGCUUUGUAAGUGAAGUACCUACUCGAUGUAUCCGUUGUCAUAUUUGUAACUACUCUACGGAUCUCCCAUUGGGUGGAGUGCGUCAGCUUCCUCAAAACUAUUUAUUAGUAAGACGCAUCGAGGCCUUAAGAUUACAAGCUGGUGAUGAUGUCAUCUCUAAGGUCUGGUGUUCCCUUUGCACCGAGGAGAUCAGUGCCACAUAUCAUUGCAUUAGUUGCACUCUGAAUCUCUGCACUUUGUGCAAGGAGGCACACGAAAGACAAAGGAGCACUGCAAAUCAUCGGAUGAGGGGCAUUCUGGAACUUAGACGAGCCAGGAAGCAGAAGCAACAGCAACUGGGAUUGGGUGAUAAUAGUAAACUCGUUCUCCGGUGUGGAAUCCAUACCAACUUCGAACUUAAGGCCUUCUGCAUCAACUGUCGGCAAUUAGCCUGCACAGAUUGUUUGGUGUUGCUCCAUAAGGGUCACCGUCAUGAAACUAUUGCCAGGGCAAUUGGACAUCAGGGGAAGCUUCUUAAGGAAGCCACGGAUCAAACGCGUCCGCUUUGUCAAUAUGCAGAGCACUCCAUCGAAAGGUUGAACGAGAUUGCAGGCGGCAUCAACAAGCGAUGCGACGAUAUCCAAAGUCAAGUGGAAAGGUAUAUGCAGAAGUACAUUGAGGCCUUGGAAGUUCAUCGAAGGACCUUGCUCCAGCAAAUCAGUAGAGCUCGGGAGUCCAAGGUGGAGGUAGUAGUUAAACAGCAACUGGAUCUCGAAAAACGCACUCAGCAGGCUAUGGAUGCAAUACGAUUUAGCCAGGAAUUGUGCGAGAUUGGUGCCGAUGUGGAGGUCCUAAGUUAUGUAGCUAUACUUCUUAGACGCUUGGAGUACUGUCAACAAUUUAAGCCGCCAGUGGAUCCAAAGAUAUCUGAUUCACUGCACUUUCUACCAAAAAUCCGAGCUCCUUCGACUAAAGACCAGCGCGAUAUACCUCUAUACGGAAUUAUAACCAUGCAGGUUGUGGAGCCGAGUUUGUGCACCUUGGAAUGGGAGGGAUUUUCCCAGCUGCGACUCCACAAAAAAGCAGACCUGCUGCUCCACUCCAGAGAUGCCGAUGGGGUUUCCCUUUGUCACGGUGGUUUAGAGAUCAACUGCAUGUUGAAGUAUAAGGAAACAAGCUCCAAGUUCCUACCCGUUGAGGUGUCCGACAAUCGAGACGGCACCUAUAACAUCUCCUUCACGCCGGAUGCACAAGGAGCUCUCAUCCUCACAAUCACUAUUAACGAACGGCCCAUUAAAGGUGGACCUUUUACCUUUCAGGCGCGACAGGUUCGUCCGCAUACGGGUAUAUAUCACUGCUGCUCCUUUUGCUCCGGAAAGGGCAACCGUAAUGUCAUGUGUUCGUGCGACGGUAGAAUGCCUGGAUAUAGUGGCUGUGGUCACGGGCACACAGGACAUCCGGGAAGACGCCACUGGUCCUGUUGCGGAAAUGUCCUAGAGAACUCUGAAUGCAAUGUGGCCAACAAGCUUUUAAAUUCCUAAGGAAAUUGCCAAGAUUUCCUUGCGAUUUAAUAACUUUAAUGGAACAGUACCUUUUAUAUGAAAUCAAAAAAAUUUCGUUACGGUAUAAAUUAAGGGCCCUGACAACCUUAGAUUCCUUGCGA